AUGCAAAGUUGUGGAGCUCAGGUUUCCUCCGACAUUGACGCAGCUUUGAUGGCAUUUUCUGAAUGGAAAGAUCAGGGUAGGCUCGGAAUGCCCGCCAUCUAUGUCUCGGAGACCCACAAACGAACCAUGACGUGCUUCGUGGCGAAGAAAGUGCGUGCGGAUGCAUUGGAACUCUUAAAAGCUCCGGUCGUGCCAGGUAUGGGCCAGGUGAAAAUCGUCCAUCCCGAGGCCAAUCCUGCAGCAGUGCAUCCAUUGGCUGAGAGUGGCUGGUAUGUCCCAGACCCACCUCCAGAGGUUCAGGAAGAGGAUUCAGCUGCUCAGGAGUGGGAAGAGUAUGUCCAUCCAGAAACAGGUGCCAGUUGGUGGUGGAAUUCCAGAACUGAGGAGGCGCUUUUGUCUCCUCCCCCCGGAUGGACCCAACGCGCCUGA